GAGAUCUCGACUUGAAUCAAUAUGGAGUCGAAGAGAGUGGAGACAUGUAAACAAAAUAGAUCUUUGCAUUUACGCUACGUGGUAUAACAUUUUGUGGGAGUUUUAAGAACGGGGCUCAUAAGCAAUACAGUAGAUAUGGCAACACAGGGACAGCCCAGGCUCAAAUAUGCCUGUGAUCUGGACAAGUCUGUACUAGUGAACAACUUUGAUAGAAGAGGAUGGAUUCAAGUCAGUCCUGAUGAAGAUUGGAACUUCUAUUGGGCCAGUGUGCAGAGCAUCAGGAAUGUAUUCAGUGUGGAGAAUGGUUACAGAUUGUGUGAUGACCAAGUCAUCAAUCAUUUCCCAAAUCACUAUGAGCUCACUAGGAAAGAUCUGAUGGUGAAGAAUAUCAAGAGAUACAGGAAAGAUUUGGAAAGGGAAGGGAGCCCCUUUGCUGAGAAGGAUGAGCUAGGAAGGCACAUUCAUUUAGAUUUUUUCCCAACCACAUUUAUGCUUCCUGCAGACUAUAACCUAUUUGUGGAAGAAUUUAGGAAAAAUCCAUCUACAACUUGGAUCAUGAAACCAUGUGGAAAGGCUCGAGGAAUUGGCAUUUUCCUAAUUAACAGACUUUCUCAGCUGAAGAAGUGGUCAAGAGACAGUAAAACAAACACGUUUACUGCACCCUCUGCUAAAGAUACAUAUGUGAUAGGCAAAUACAUUGAUAAUCCUCUUCUGAUUGGGGGAAAGAAAUUUGAUCUACGUCUGUACGUGCUGGUCACAUCUUUCAGACCACUCAAGUGUUACAUGUUAAAAUUAGGUUUCUGUCGAUUCUGUACAGUCAAAUACAAUGCUGAUGUGACAGACCUGGACAAUAUGUUUGUCCAUCUCACAAAUGUGUCCAUUCAAAAACAUGGGGCAGAAUAUAAUGCCGUACAUGGAGGGAAAUGGACAGUAGCUAACUUAAGACUUUUCCUAGAAGGAACACGUGGCAAAGAGGUAACAGACAAAUUGUUUGAUGAAAUGAAUUGGAUGACAGUACAUUCCCUUAAAGCAGUCUCAAAUGUUAUGGCAAAUGACCGUCACUGUUUUGAGUGUUAUGGGUAUGACAUCCUCAUAGAUGACAACCUGAAGCCUUAUUUGAUUGAGGUGAAUGCCUCUCCUUCUCUCACAUCCACAACAUCCAGUGAUAGGAUCAUGAAAUACAACCUUAUAUCAGAUCUGAUCAACAUAGUGAUACCACCAGAAGGCACUCCUGAUGUCCGGUGGAAUAAAACACCUUCAAAAGAAGCCAUGGGGAAUUUUGAUUUACUUUAUGAUGAAGAACUAGCCCAAUCUGACCUACUGAACCAAGAUGCCAGGAGUAAACUGGGAAUGACAGGCCCAGGCUUACGAGGUGCAAGGGAUCCAAAACUGCAAUCAAAAGCCACAUGGAAGUAAUGCACAGUUGACUAUACUGAGUUUGUUCAAAGAAAAUGUGUGACUGAAUGUGAAAAUAAUUGUCUUAAAUUGAUUUUUUUAAUGUUCAAUAAUGGCCAGUGUGAAAUUAAUUGCUGGGAAACGAGAAAUUGAGUUAUGCACUUACAGCUGCUAAGAUGCUCAGAUGAACAUAUUCAUUUUUAAUGCAUUAUUGAAGUUAUGGUCAAUUUUAUAUCAAUCAAAAGAAUAAUUUGCAUUUGUGAUAGUAGGUCAAUUUGUUUUUGAAAGUU